CUUUGUCAUCCCGCAUGUCCGGUUAGGGAGUUAACUAACGUCAACUAAAUACUUAGCGAAUCUUCAGUCAGCCAGAAGGCGCCGAGUGACUGCUCCACAGCGUCAUCGCAUCGAGCUCUGUAGAAGCUGACAAAAACCACGACUGCGCCAGCUUGCUACAACUGAUCUUUUGCUGAGUCUCAGACAGAUUUCAUGCAUCGUUCACUGCUGCGAUCUACUCAGCUGCUCUACCAUCUUCAAUCGCCAAAGCGCCCCAGCUUUGCCACUUUUUCCGUCUCCGCACGCAUCUCCGCAUUCAACCCCGGCGCAAGAACUAUGUCGACGGGAAAGAUCACCGAUUGGGUUGAUCCCAAAGACAAGUCCGGCGAGUUCAAGCGCGGAGCGUCCGUUUUCCGUAACUGGAUCUCGCGAGAGCCCGGCGCAACAUUCCCGCCUGAGAAGGAUCGAUACCAUCUCUACGUCUCACAUGCCUGUCCUUGGGCGCAUAGAACAUUGAUUGUCCGCAAACUCAAGGGUCUUGAGGAUAUCAUCCCGUAUACAGCCGUGCACUGGCAUAUGGGAGAGAAAGGAUGGCGGUUUGCGACGCCCGAUGAGAAUGUCCCCGGUGACAAUGUCACCCCUGACCCUAUUCACCCGGAGUUUACUCAUCUUCGGGAUAUCUAUUUCUCGGUAGAUCCCGAGUAUAAGGGAAGAUUCACCGUUCCUACUUUGUACGAUAAGAAGACGAAGCGUAUCGUGAGCAACGAGAGCUCCGAGAUCAUCCGCAUGUUCUACUACGAAUUCGAUGACCUCCUUCCCGAAAAGUACAAGAAAGUCGAUCUCUUCCCUCCAUCUCUUCGCUCCGAGAUCGAAGCGACUAACGACUGGACCUACAACGACGUCAACAACGGCGUGUACAAGUCCGGCUUCGCUACCACACAAGAAGCCUACGAGAAGGCCGUCAAGACGCUCUUCUCAUCCCUUGAUCGGAUUGAAGCUCAUCUGGCAGAGCGUCAAGCCAAGUCUUCCUCGCCCUUCUACUUCGGCGACUCUGUCACUGAGGCUGAUGUUCGUCUCUACACGACUGUUAUCCGCUUUGAUCCCGUGUACGUCCAGCAUUUCAAGUGCAAUAUUCGCGAUAUCAGAUCCGGAUACCCGGCUAUUCAUCGUUGGUUGAGAGCGCUGUAUUGGGAUAUUCCGGCUUUCAAGGAGACGACCCAGUUUGAGCACAUCAAGAAGCAUUAUACGAAGAGUCAUGCACAGAUUAACCAGUUUGCGAUCACCCCCGUGGGACCUGUGCCGGAUAUUCUGCCGAAGGAUCAAGAGGUCGCGGCAGUGAGGAAGUAAAGGGUUCCAUUGAAUGUUACGACCAGCUCGAGCCAUCUGAUGUAUAAGAUAUCAUGAGAAUAAUGAAUGGAAUGGAAUGAUCAGAUACAAGCAAGUAUGCGCGAAGCUGGAAAAAACGAAAAUAAAGAAUAACGUAAAUUAAGUGCACUGUAUCCUCCAAUAUGGCGACGUGCGUUCUAUCUAGGCGCCAUAAAUGUCAAGGUGACCAAGCAUGACGUAGGUUAAGUCGUUAAAAUACAAAACGUUCAUCUUUCGAAAACGGAGUAUAGACCUCCUGUAUAUAUGAAAGAUUGUGUUCCACGUAAAUCAAAAAUCCUCCUAUAUUUGAGGACACCGAGCCAAGUCACGCCAUGCUAUGCUGUCUAUGUGCAGUUGGUGUCAAAAGAUGAAA